UUAUCCGGCGCAGAGGGCAAGCGGCGCGGCUGACGCGUUUUGCGCAUUUCCUGAAGCUCGCGCUCACACUGGGAAACCGCUGCUGGCUGGAGAAACGGGUGAACGCGCACAGGGAGAGAUAUAGGGAGAGAAAGAGAGAGAGAGAGGAAAACGACAGACAGAUUGGGGGGGACCGAUAGCCGGUCACUGGUUAGCUCUUUAAACCGUGGGACCCACCGGAUAAGCAGACAGACAUCCCGGGAAAGAGGAGAACCAGUGCUGUUCAAGACAGAUUCUGUCGGAGCUGUUUACUGAGUUCGAGCUGCUUACAGCCGGCACGAGACACCGUGGAGGGAUUGCGGAUGUCUAGGUCUCCUCCCCCGCCCUGAGCCCGGGACAGCAGCUGCUCUACCGGGUACAGUCUCUGAUCAGAUGAUCAGGACCGGAGCCGUUCUCUGUGAUUCAUGAUCGGGCUUCUCUCCUUUCCCCCCACCACCGAGACCUAUUCUAUAGCGUCGUUAUUCGUUAUUUCUGCUAACGACAACCCUCGCUAUCUCUGCCAUCUGCACGGGACGGACUGUAAACAAACACAGAGUGCACCGUCUGUCGUCUGGUCCGACCUGGUUUGGCGCAAGCAGGCUCGGUACCUGACUGUGGGGUGUGUCCUAUAGACUCUAUUAAGGGCGAAGAGGGGUGUUUUUACCCAUGUUUACGUUUUAACAUGACCGUGUGUGUGAGACAGUGUGUGUAGGCUAUGUGUAUGUAUCUGUGACAGUGUGUUGUAAAUGUCUGACUGAAUGGAUUCUGGGAUGUAGGAUUACCUAUCUAAUAUGGUGACUAGUUAGAAAGAACAGACUUACAGACAGACGGACCAUCUGCACACACAUACACACCAACAUGCCAGUGUUCAGUGGGGUGUUGAAGGUGCGUGUGUGUGAGGCGGUGGAUUUGAAGCCCACCCCCUGGGCACUCCGCCAUGCAGGGGGGAAGAACUCAUCCUCAUUCCUCCUGGACCCCUACCUCACCCUCAACCUGGACCAGACCCACCUGGGACAGACCUGCACCAAGAACAGAAGCAACUCACCUGCAUGGAACCAGGACUUUACAGCCCAGAUGACUGACGGACGGAAAUUGGAGAUGUCAGUGUUCCAUGAUGCACCAAUCGGAUAUGACGACUUUGUGGCUAACUGCACCAUACAGCUGGAGGACAUUCUGCAGAACGGCAGCACACACUACCAGGCCUGGGUUGAUUUAGAACCAGAGGGGAAGGUCUAUGUGAUUAUCGAUCUGUCAGGAUCUUCUACUGAAGCCUCGGCAGCCAAUGAGAAUGAGGAGCGUGUGUUCCGAGAGCGGAUUGGUCCUCGGCGGCGGCAGGGGGCCGUCCGGAGGCGUGUCCACCAGGUUAACGGACACAAGUUCAUGGCCACGUAUCUACGGCAACCGACCUACUGCUCACACUGCCGAGACUUUAUCUGGGGAGUACUCGGAAAGCAGGGUUACCAAUGCCAGGUGUGCACAUGUGUGGUCCACAAGCGUUGCCAUGAGCACAUCAUCACCAAGUGUGCCGGGAUGAAGAAGCAGGAGGACACACCAGAGGAGGUUGGUGCCCAGAGGUUUAGUGUCAACAUGCCUCAUAAGUUCAGCAACCACAACUACAAGGCCCCUACCUUCUGUGACCACUGUGGAUCUCUACUAUGGGGACUAAUGAGGCAGGGGCUGCAAUGCAAGGUGUGUAAGAUGAAUGUCCACAAGAGGUGUGAGGCCAACGUAGCUCCCAACUGCGGGGUGGAUGCCAAAGGCAUCGCCAAAGUCCUGGCUGAAAUGGGAGUCACCCCUGACAAGAUCUCCACUACCGCACAGCGCAGGAAAAAGUUACCCCCAGGGUUAGACUCCCAGUCACCUUCAGAACUCUCAGACGAGCUUCCCCUCACCUCACCCUCACAGCAAGAGCUGUCCGAGUUGGAGCGGCUACAACCGGGGACGUCGCUAGAGGUGCAAGGUUCUCCCUCCUCCUCCACAUGCUCCUACGCCUCCUCUACCUCACGGGAGAACGGAGCAGUGAGGAGGACUCUCAAAGACUUCAGUUUCAUAAAGGUCCUGGGGAAAGGAAGCUUUGGAAAGGUGAUGUUAGCAGAGCUGAAAGGCAGUGAGGAGGUUGUUUGCCGUAAGGUGUUGAAGAAGGAUGUGAUCCAGCAGGAUGAAGACGUGGACUGCACCCUGACCGAGAAACGCAUCCUGGCCCUGGCACGCACACACCCCUACCUCUGCCAGCUCUACUGCUGCUUCCAGACCCGGGUACACACUACACACACACACGCACACAUGUACACACACACACACACACACAUAUACACUCACACCCCAACCCUCUCCCUACUUCUCCAGGACCGUCUGUUCUUCGUGAUGGAGUACGUGAACGGAGGAGACCUGAUGUUUCAGAUCCAACACUCCAGGAAGUUUGACGAGGCUCGCUCUCGCUUCUACGCUGCUGAAGUCACCUCCGCACUCAUGUUCCUGCACCGCAACGGGGUCAUUUACAGGGAUCUGAAGUUGGAUAACAUAUUGUUGGAUGCAGAGGGACACUGUAAGCUGGCAGACUUUGGCAUGUGUAAGGAGGGCAUCAUCAAUGGAGUCACCACCACCACAUUCUGUGGCACGCCUGACUACAUAGCCCCUGAGAUCCUGCAGGAGUUGGAGUACGGUCCAUCAGUGGACUGGUGGGCUCUGGGAGUGUUAAUGUAUGAGAUGUUGGCUGGCCAGCCUCCGUUUGAAGCAGACAACGAAGACGACCUGUUUGAGUCUAUCCUCCAUGACGAUGUCCUCUACCCCGUCUGGCUCAGCAAGGAGGCUGUAUCCAUCCUCAGAGCUUUUAUGACAAAGGCUCCAGCCCAGAGGUUAGGGUGUGUGUUGUCUCAGGGCUGCGACGAGGCCAUUAAGAAACACUCAUUCUUCAAAGACAUCGACUGGGCCCUGCUGGAGCAGAGACGACUCAAACCCCCCUUCAAACCACGCAUUAAGACGAGGCGUGAUGUGAAUAACUUUGACGAGGACUUCACCAGAGAAGACCCAGUGUUAACUCCCACAGACGAGGCUGUUAUCAGACAGAUCAACCAGGAGGACUUUAAGGGCUUCUCUUUCUGUGCAGAGAUACAGACAUGAGAACUCUACGGUUUACGUGUGUGUAUAAAGCCUGUGUUGAUUGGUUACAAAGUGUUGUGUCUGUAGAGAAGUCUGAAGCAUGGACCGGUGCUACUGGUUACUAUUAUUAUUACUGUCCACUGUAGUGAGAAAAACUAUACCUGGGGUCAAGUACAUCUGUCAAAUACAUUCGUAAAAUACCUGUGUUGUGCUUUAUUUGGUUUGUCUGGUACAAAGGAACCAAUAGAAUAGUCCCAAAAUUGCAAACUCCAAUGUGAAAGAAAUGCACCGCCUGAACCUGAUUAUAUAUAUUUUAUCGGUGUUUUUAUUUCUUGGCUGGAUAUGUAUUGUAUUGUUUAUUUUCUUGACUGGAGAUGUAUUUGAUUGGUUAAUAUUGUUUUGUUUGUACAGUUUGUUUCAUUUGUGUCCCACUGGUGUCCCACUGGUUCAUUUCAUCUACUUUCACCCAAUCAGAGACGAGUAGUCCUCAAUGUAGUACAGACUACCUCACUCUCACACUCUGUGUGUGUGCGUGUGUGCGUGUGUGUGUGUGUGUGUGUAUAUGUCUCUCUCUCUAUAUAUUUGUGUACGGUGUGUGUGCGUUUGUGACUUUCGUUCCCAUAGUACCCCCCCUUUGGCUGAGAGAAGCCAUUUCUCUCAGAGAGAAGCCAUUUCUCUCAGCCAAAACCACUUUUAGUUCCUGCUGCUUUUCUACAGAUAUUUCCGUUUUAUGUUCUGUUUUGUAAACUGUCAACAGUAGCUAGUGGAGGGAAUCGCACCCUUCCCUAUAUAGUGCACUACUUUAUGUACGCACACAGACGCGCACACACACACAUCCACACACACUCUAAGAAUAAUUGUGUAUAGUGUACAGUGUUAAAUAAAGAGGUGGUUCAAUUAGCAGGCCUGUUAGAGGCGAUGUAGUGAUGCUAUGUGCACCCCGGGGUAAAAUUGUUCCUGGUCACACUAUUUCACUGUGCCAAAUGUAGUGUAACAGCAGGAGGGGUGUCGGUUUGUCUGUCUGCUUAUAAUAAAUACUCAACUGUCAACAUGAAA